UCUUAUUGUGAUCAAUUAAUCAACUAAUUAAUAGAAUUUGAUUUUCUUUUUCAUCUUAUAACAAUUUACUUUUCCAUUUUCAUCUGACCAUUUGAUUUGCUGGUUAAUUGUUGAUCAAUUUUCUUUUCUUCUCUCUUUCUUUUUUUUUGUUUUCUGGUCUUUGAGAGCCUUUAACCUGAAAAUUGUCAUCAUUCAAUGAUAAAGAAUAACAAUCCAAUCUUUUGGUGUUUUCAGUUAAUUUUUUUGUCUAUUCUAAUCAACUAUUGAUAAAUUGCGAAGUACUAUUCUAUUUUUUAAUCAUCAAAAUAGGUUGAUCAGUGAUCUAUGAUCUGUAAGUGAAUAGUUAUUGUAGCUUUAAAGCUUUCGCUUUUGGCUAAUUUAUAUUUGUGACUUUUGUCAGAUUCCAAAACUUUUUGCAAAAUGCUGAUAACCUGCAAUUAAUUUAGUCUUCAGCCUGUUUUGAGAAAAGGUUUUACCUGUUGACUGAAUAUUUUCUUAGUGACGAAUUUAAAAUUAAUUUAUAAAGUAAUGUUUGAAUACCAUUAUAAUGGAUUUGCUGCUAUUGACUGACUUUGUUGAUUGAUUUGGUUUUGAUUUACUUUUGGUGAUCUCUGUUUUUCCAACGAUUUAAGAAACUUGAUUUUAUUUGAUAAAUAUAAUAUAAUAUACUGACAAUUAUCUUGACAAUGGGUGAUAUAAUUCACACGGAACCAGACCGAGUACCAAGUCCUUGUAGGUUGGAACAUUUUAGUGAUAAACAUCCAAAACAUACACUGGAAGCAUUACAUUCGUUACGAAAGAGACGAGAAUUAUGUGAUGUAGUUUUAAUUGUUUCAAAGAGGAAAAUUUUAGCCCAUCGAGUUGUCCUAUCAGCAUGUAGUCCAUAUUUUCAUGCAAUGUUUACCGGUGAACUUCAGGAAAGCCGUCAAGCAGAAGUUGAAAUAAGGGACAUUGAUGAACAUGCUAUGGAAUUGCUGGUUGAUUUUGCUUAUACUUCCCAUAUUGUUGUAGAAGAAGGUAAUGUUCAAGUAUUACUUCCUGCUGCUUGUCUUUUACAAAUGACUGAAAUUCAAGAAGUUUGUUGUGAAUUUUUAAAGCGACAACUUGAUCCUAGUAACUGCCUUGGAAUCCGAGCUUUUGCCGAUACACAUUCCUGCCAGGAAUUACUCCAUUAUGCCGAUAAAUUUACUCAAGAAAGAUUUCAGGAAGUUAUUGAAAGUGAAGAGUUUCUAUUACUUCCGGUUCGUCAAUUGAUCGAUAUUAUUUCCAGUGAUGAAUUGAAUGUUAGGUCGGAAGAGCAAGUCUACAAUGCUAUUAUGUCCUGGGUUAAGUAUAAUGUUGCUGAACGUCGGCAACAUUUACCAUUGGUUCUAGAACAUGUUCGACUUUCUCAACUGACGGCUAAAUUUUUAGUUGGCACCGUUGGUUCAGAUAUAUUGAUAAAAAGUGAUGAUAUGUGCAGAGAUCUUGUUGAUGAGGCGAAAAAUUAUCUUCUCCUUCCCAAUGAGCGAGCAACUAUGGUUGGAUCAAGAUUUCGACCUCGUAAACCAAUUCGAAAGGGAGAAGUUCUAUUCGCUGUUGGUGGUUGGUGCAGUGGCGAUGCCAUUUCAAGUGUUGAAAGAUACGAUCCCAAUACAAAUGAAUGGAGAAUGGUAGCACCCAUGAGUAAACGUCGAUGUGGUGUUGGUGUCGCGGUUCUGAAUGAUCUUCUUUACGCUGUCGGAGGUCAUGAUGGUCAAUCUUAUCUCAAUUCAAUUGAAAGAUAUGAUCCUCACACGAACCAAUGGUCAACUGAUGUAGCGCCAACAGAUUCAUGUCGCACGAGCGUUGGUGUAGCUGUUUUAAAUGAUUGUCUUUACGCUGUCGGAGGUCAAGAUGGUGUUUCUUGUCUUAAUUAUGUUGAAAAGUAUGAUCCUAACACUAACCGUUGGAUAAAAGUAGCUCCAAUGAGUACCAAAAGACUAGGUGUUGCUGUUGCCGUUCUCAAUGGUUAUUUAUAUGCUGUCGGCGGAUCCGAUGGAUCAUCACCUUUAAACACUGUUGAAAGAUACGAUCCACAAUUGAACAAAUGGUCGAUGGUUGCACCAAUGUGUACCCGUCGUAAGCAUUUAGGCUGUGCUGUGUAUAAUAACAUGAUCUAUGCCGUCGGUGGACGUGACGAUACGAUGGAAUUAAGUUCAGCUGAACGAUAUGAUCCUCGUUCUAAUCAAUGGCAGCCAAUUGUUGCAAUGACCUCAAGACGAUCUGGUGUUGGCUUAGCAGUAGUUAAUGGUUACCUUUAUGCGGUCGGAGGUUUCGACGGAAACACUUACCUGAAAACAUUUGAAGUCUAUGAUCCCGAUAAAAAUCAGUGGAAUCUCAAAGGUUCAAUGAAUUAUCGCCGACUCGGUGGUGGGGUGGGAGUGAUCAAGAAUAUCCAUGAAAACGGUCCAAUACUUCAAAUUACCAACGAAGUUCAAUAUGUUUAUAAAAAUGAACAAACGAUGAUUAGACCUAAAAAUAAGCCUUGUCGUUGAAGGAUAUUGACAAUUUACUAAUUUAUAUAAUCAAUCACUUGAUUUGGAUUUGGGAACCAGUGAUUAUCGCCACAAUUUACUUUCUUUCCAGAGUAGCUACUGAUUAAGGAACAAUUGAUUCCUGGGGAUGGGAGGGAAACAAUCAACUAACUAAUCAAUGCCAUCAAUUUUUUUCUUCUUCAUCUAUAUUAGAUUAUAUCAUUUUCAACUGACAAUUAUCAUCGAUUAUUAUAUUAAUUGUCUCAUUGUAAAUUUAUUCACAAAAGGAUCUGAUUAUUAUUUAUUGUAAGAAAAACAAAGAGAUUACAAAGUUGA